UCUUCUUAAAAGGCUUGUUUUUAAUUAUGUGUCUGUGUGCAGGUGCUGGCAGAGGCCAGAGGUAUAGGAUCCCCUGGGGUUCCAGGAACUUGUAAGCUGUCCCAGUGAGCACUGGCCUCACAUCUUCUACAAGUGGAGUACUGCUCGUAACAGAUAAGCUUGCGGAUUUUUAUGGAGACGAGCCAAAGGUGAGGGAAGAAAACCUGCCCAUCCAGCACCAUGGCCAGCAGCAGGGGCCUGCCACUCCUGCUGCUGUUGCCGCAGCUGUUCCUGGGCCCUGUGCUGGCUGUGAGGGCACCUGUGUCUGGCCGAAGUGGCACCCACAGCCUGAGCCUUGAGGAAAAUGAAUUUGUGGAGGAGGAGCAGCCUGUACUAGUCCUGAGUCCCGGGGAGCCACAGCCUGGCCCAGCCACCAUCGACUGUCCCCGAGAUUGUGCCUGCUCCCAGGAAGGUGUAGUGGACUGCGGUGGCAUUGACCUGCGUGAGUUUCCAGGCGACCUGCCGGAACACACCAACCAUCUCUCCCUGCAGAACAACCAGCUGGAGAAGAUCUACCCGGAAGAGCUGUCACGGCUGCAGCGGCUGGAGACGCUGAACCUACAGAACAACCGCCUGACUUCCAGAGGGCUCCCAGAGGAGGCAUUUGAGCAUCUUACUAGCCUCAAUUACCUGUACCUGGCCAACAACAAGCUGACAUUGGCACCCCGAUUCCUGCCAAACGCCCUGAUCAGUGUGGACUUCGCUGCCAAUUAUCUUACUAAGAUCUAUGGACUCACCUUUGGCCAAAAGCCAAAUCUGAGGUCUGUGUACUUACAUAACAACAAGCUAGCAGAUGCCGGGCUGCCAGAAAACAUGUUCAACGGCUCCAGCAAUGUGGAGAUCCUCAUCCUGUCUAGCAACUUCCUGCGCCAUGUGCCCAAACACCUGCCACCUGCCCUGUACAAGCUGCACCUCAAGAACAAUAAGCUGGAGAAGAUCCCCCCUGGGGCCUUCAGUGAGCUGAGCAACCUGAGGGAGCUGUACCUGCAAAACAAUUACCUGACAGAUGACGGUCUGGACAAUGAGACCUUCUGGAAGCUCUCUAGCCUGGAGUACCUGGACCUGUCUAGCAACAACCUGUCUCGGGUCCCGGCGGGUCUUCCCCGCAGCCUGGUCCUGCUGCAUCUGGAGAAGAACGUCAUCCAGAGUGUAGACGCUGACGUCCUGACGCCCAUCCGCAGCCUGGAGUACCUGCUGUUGCAUAGCAACCAGCUGCGGGCCGAGGGCAUCCACCCGCUGGCCUUCCAGGGCCUCAAGCGGCUUCACACGGUACAUCUGUACAACAACGCCCUGGAGCGUGUGCCCAGCGGCCUGCCCCGCCGGGUCCGCACCCUCAUGAUCCUGCACAACCAGAUCACAGGCAUCGGCCGUGAGGACUUCGCCACCACCUACUUCCUGGAAGAGCUCAACCUCAGCUACAACCGCAUCACCAGCCCGCAGAUGCACCGGGACGCCUUCCGCAAGCUGCGCCUGCUGCGUUCCCUUGACCUGUCCGGCAACCGCCUGCAAACGCUGCCCCCAGGCCUGCCUAAAAAUGUCCACGUGCUAAAGGUCAAGCGCAAUGAGCUGGCUGCCCUGGCACGUGGGGCACUAGCUGGCAUGGCCCAGCUGCGGGAACUCUACCUCACAGGCAACCGACUACAUAGCCGGGCCCUGGGACCCCGUGCCUGGGUGGACCUUGCUGGUCUACAGCUUCUGGACAUCGCUGGGAAUCAGCUCACUGAGAUCCCCGAGGGGCUCCCCCCAUCGCUUGAAUACCUGUACCUGCAGAAUAACAAGAUCAGCGCAGUUCCUGCCAACACCUUUGACUCUACUCCCAACCUCAAGGGGAUCUUUCUCAGGUUCAACAAGCUGGCCGUGGGCUCCGUGGUGGAAAGCGCCUUCAGGAGGCUGAUACACCUGCAGGUCUUGGACAUUGAAGGCAACUUUGAAUUUGGUGACGUUUCCAAGGACCGAGGCCAUAUAGAUGAGGAAGAAGAGGAGGAGGAGGAGGAGGAAGAAGAGGAAAAGGAGGAAACAAGAUAGAAACAAAGUGACACAGAUCUGACCCAGGAUGAUGGACCACGGGACUCCUUUCUGCAGCCCAGGCCUGUGCCCCAUGAGCGCCCCCUUCUGACACACCCAGCGCCGAGCCCAAGGGGCAUCCGAAUGCCACAGGCUGAACAAAGUCUCUGUCCUACUCUUCCCUGCGGUGUGUCACACAGUCAGACACGUGCAGAUAUCACUUCACUGCCACACCCUCAGCUUGGCCACACAGAGAGCCAGCUGCACAUGACUGUCCCAACUGGCUCUGUGCACAAUCCUACAGUGUCACACAUACUCACCUUGACCUUUGAAUCCACAUCGGCCUGAUACACUUGGGCAACUCCCCUCACCCCUCGUCACAUACACAGAGUGACCUAUGCCAACAAAAGCUCUGGCAUCCAGCCACAACAGUUGGCUAUGUGCCUUUUCCUCUGGUCUUUCCCUUGGAGACACAAGGUUGUCUCCUUGCUCUGUGGCCAGAUGUUUUCCACCUUCUGAGACUCACAAAAGCUGGCUUUUGUUUUGUGCCUCCCCUCUGGGGAUUGGAACCUUCAGCCUUCUACUGUGGCCCCACCCCUCCCCCAGGUGCUGGGCAGUCCUCCUGCAGGGAGCUCCUUUUUGUUGUGCCCUGGCAAGUCACAGGCACUUUCCAGGGACACCCUCAAAAAGGCAUGGGAGGGCAAGGAGGCAGCAGUGCGUGGUGG